CACAGACACAGAUUCUUCAGGAGGCCCCUGAACAUGCAGAAAAUCCCCUACUUUUGAGGGGCCUUGAGCAGCUUCUCUGAAGAGCAGCAGCUGAAGUUUCCUGGUGUCAGAGUGGCAGCCAAGAUUCUUAGAUUCUCUGUGAGGAAUUCUGGAAACAAUCCAAGGACAAAUAAAUAAGAACGCCAGGAGCUCCUAUACAGAGAACAGUGUGUUCACAGUCCAGUUCUGCUUUUGCCUUGCUUCAAAAGGCUUGCGAAAUAUGGGCAGGGAUGAAAGGAAAAUGCAAGGCUAUUUCCGGGUGUUUAACUUUGCCUCAUAAAGAAUCACUCUGCAGAGACAGUCGUGUUUCUGCUGAUGUGGAGACAGAAGGGUUUGAACUGCACCUAUCAGAAAAGAGAAAACAAAAGCUUUCCUUUUAAGAGACAGCCCAGAAAAUACUCCAGAACUAAGGACUGAGAAGGCUACUAUUUUCUUUGGGGUAGAUCACAUAAUAUUCAUAGCCCAGCUUGAAGGGACACCAUGGCAAGCCACAAGGACAACGGAGAAGCUCUGCAGGAACACCCAACAGCCUUCCAAAGGUUUCCACUGGUGCUGGUUCAGGGAAUUCCCCUAAUGGAGCCCAUUGUGCAACUGUGGGCCCCUAUUGAAAAUUUUGAAGCCCGGCCAGAUGACUUAAUCAUCGCCACCUACCCCAAAGCAGGUACCACAUGGAUGCAGGAAAUUGUAGAUCUGAUUCUUGUUGGCGGUGAUGUGGAAAAAGCUCGCCGGGCCCCAAUGCCGGACCGGAUCCCAUUUCUAGAAAUCUGCUCCGUACCCCCUUGUCCUUCAGGUGAGUCCAGAGAACCACUUGUUGCCUUAAUUCUUGCCCUGCUUCCAGAUGAACUCUUCCAUGUUUUUUCUGGUUCUCUGCCAGGGGUUGAUCAACUAGUGAAUUCACCAUCUCCUCGGGUGAUGAAAACUCACUUACCAUUCCAACUUCUCCCUAAAAGUUUUUUGGAAAAGGACUGCAAGAUUAUCUACGUAGCUCGCAAUGCCAAGGACAACCUGGUCUCCUAUUACUUCUUUGACCAGAUGAACUUAACACAGCCAGAUCCGGGGCCAUGGGAUGGCUAUGUUAAAAAAUUCAUGGAGGGCACAGUUCCAUGGGGCCCUUGGUAUGACCAUGUCCGACGUUAUUGGGAUGAGAAAGAAAACCACCGUAUCCUGUAUCUUUUCUAUGAGGACAUGAAAGAGGACCUGGCCCGUGAGAUCCGGCGUGUGAAGGAUUUCCUGGAGGUUGAUCUGCCUGAGGCUAUUGUUCAGAAAAUUGCCCAUCACACCUCCUUCCAGGUUAUGAAGGACAAUCCAAUGACGAAUUUUGAAAAUGUCCCCAGCACAAUUUUUGACAGGACAAAAAGCUCCUUUAUGAGGAAAGGUGAAGUUGGUGACUGGAAGAAUUAUUUUACGGUGGCUCAAAGGGAGGCAUUUGAUGCUCAUUACCAGCAAAAGAUGGAAGGAACAACACUGCAUCUCCGAGAUGUAUUAUAGACUCAUAAAUGUACCUCUUUGGGGACUUCUACCAUCAAGAUGUUGGAAGAAGCAAUGUUUGGUGUACAAAGAGAGAGAGAAGACGACCCUACGGGGGCAGCAAGGGCUAGUCAGAUAGGAAUGUGAGGACAGCACUGCUCUUUCUAUUGAGUGUUAUUUCCUUGUCAUGUCUACAGAUUGAUACUCUUACAGUACAGUCCUAAGCAGAGUUAUGCCAGUCUAAACCCAUUGAUUUCAAUCAGCAUAGACUGAAGGAACUCUUCUUAUGCGCUGUUAGGGCAAUAUCCUGUUUCUUCUUGGAACCUCUCUCUCUUAGUCAGCUAGAUAGCUAGACGCCUGUCUCUAUCUCUCCACUUUACUGUCAAGUAUGUUAGUUCCUAAUAAACUUUCUUUACUCUUUAAUCAAAUUGUGUGGCAAACAUUGUGCAAACUCUCUCCCAAUAGAAGGGUUAUUCCUCCGCAUUCAGUUUUCACUUCCGUUACAAUAAAUGUGUGUACUUUUAAAAACUGAGUGUGAAUUAUAUUGGAGGCAUUGGAGGA